UGGAGGGAGAUCUCGCGAGAGCUGGAGCCGGGCUGGAGGGAGAUCCAAGCGCCGCGGAGCGAGCGAGUGAGCGCGCGGGGCGGUCGUCAGCGCAGCCCCCGGACCCCCUCACCUCAUCUCACCCCUCUUGUAGCCACGUCUCCCCCGCCGCUCCUUCCUCCUCUUCUCUCCCCUCACCACUCCGCUCCCUCCUGCAGGGUCGAAGACGGAAGAAUGGAUGACCUGGACGAUAACACCACUGUCUUCUCAACUUUACGUUCAUUCAACAACUUUUUGUCGCAGGCGUCAACAUCUACGUCAAACGUGACUGAGCCCAGCUCCAUCCCAAAUAUGUGGCAGUUACAGUACCAGCAGAAAAUGCAGGCAGAAGAGCAGGCAGAGGAUGUUCGCUCCAAAACCCGUGUCCUAGAGGUUGAACGGGAGAAGCAGAAGAUAGAGCUCAGUCAUAAACGUGCCAGGAUUGAGUUGGAGAAGGCAGCACAGACCAGUUCCUGGAACUACGAGCGGGAGGCAGAUCGGAACCAGGAAUUAAUGGUUCAGGUGAAGCAAAUACAGGAAAAGGAGGCAGAGACUCAGGAAAAACUCAAGGAACAGGUUGAGAUGAAUAAAACAUUGAAGAAGAACAUGGAGCUUCAGAACAAGAAACUUCAAGAGACUGAAGAGAAACUUGCUGAAUCCAAUCAGACAAUCGAUGUCCUAAAGGCCAACGUUUCUGAGCUGCAGUGGAAGUCAAUGAGUCAGGAGAUGCAGUUGACAACUUCAACUACAGAGCGUCAGGAGCUACUUGAGCAAGUGGAAAUACAGCGCAAAAAGUGGCAGGAGGCUGUGCAGAAGGCACAUGACAUGGAAACAGCUCAGGCAGUCAGUGUAGAGAAUGAGCAAAGAAUCAAGGAACUAGAGAGUAAAAUAUCUCAGCAGGAGCAGGACUCAAUAAUUGUGAAUAAUAUGCGAUCAGAUCUGUCGCGAAUCCCCGAGUUUGAGAAAGAGCUCCGACAGCUGAAGGAGGAGAAUACCUAUUACAGGGAGAUGGAGGAGAAUAAUUUGCUGCUGAAGGAAGAAACCGAGAGCCUUCGGAAGAAGAUUGAACGUCUUGAGAAGUUAAAGGAAGAAAAAGUUACUCUGGAGCUCAAGAAUGAGAAAUUACUGGCAAAAUUAAGAAGUUGGGAGAAUGUGGAACAGACAUCAGGACUGAAUAUCAGGAGUCCGGAGGACCUUUCACGAGAGAUUGUUCUGUUACAACAACGUGAAAUUCUACUGAAGCAACAGAACUCCUCUGUCACCACCAGUGCUCGGAUGCUGGAAAAAGCUCGAAAGCAGCUUCAGGAGCAAGUUCUGAAACUGCGGACCCAGAUCCUGACUGAACAGAAGAAACGGGAACAGCAGGAAGCAAAUGCUCGACGUAUGGAGAAACGUAAUAUUUUACUUACCAAGGCUCGCGAUGGGAUGAGAAGCAUCCUGGAUUCCUAUGACAAUGAGCUGGUCUCCUCCAGUUAUACCCCUCAGUUGAACAGGCGGGUGCGUGAAGCAGAGGACAUGGUCCAGAAACUACAUGCCCAUAUUUCUGAGCUAGAGUUCCAGCUGUCACGUGCCCUGGAGGAUGUUGGCAAUCACAAGCUCAAAACACGGACGCUGGAAGCAGAGCUGAGUGUUCUCAAGAGCCAGGUUGCUACCACUGACAGCAGCAACUGCAUCACCAGUGAGGAGGGAAAUGCACUGAGGCAGAAGAUUGAGGAGCUGGAGGCCGAGAGAAGCCGUCUGGAUGAAGAGAACAAAAUGCUGCAGAUGAGACUGGAGCACAACGUCCUGCAGGGAGACUACGAUCCCACCAAAACAAAGGUUCUUCACAUGAGCAUGAACCCCUGGAGUCUGGCAAAGGACGAGCGUACAGCAGAGCUGAAAGCACUGAGGGAAGAGUGCGGCAGUCUGCGAGAGCGACUGCGAGUUCUGGAGAAAGGAGGGUCGGUCCCUGAGCUUUCUGAGGCGUCCACCAGUCUUAGCUUUCCGGAAGUUUCAGAACUGCGGAAACAAGUGGACAGUGCAGAGCUGAAGAACCAGCGGCUGAAGGAGAUUUUUCAUAAGAAGAUUCAGGAAUUCCGGGCCGUCUGCUAUACCCUGACGGGUUAUCAGAUUGAUGUGACAACAGAGAACCAGUACAGGCUGACGUCAAUGUAUGCAGAACAGCAGGACGACUCUCUGAUGUUCAAGGCCGGGAACAGCCUGGGAGCCAAGAUGCAGCUGCUGCAGACAGAUUUCUCCAGCACCCUGUCAGAGUUCAUUGACCUCCACCUGUACCACCAGAACAGCAUCCCCGCCUUCCUCAGCGCCGUGACCCUCGACCUCUUCAGCCGCCAGACCUGUGCCUAGUCGGAGAGGAAACUCCCGGCGUUUCAGAACUUUGAUGUCAGCUUUUAGUUUGAUCUGAGAGAGCUCCCACCCGCCCGCUUGAGAAAUGCAAUGAGCGCCGUUAACUUAGACCCACUUUUUUGUUUGUUCUACCUACGGUUGUGUUUUGUUUUUAUUGUAAAUUGAUUUUGUCGCUUUCCCCAUCAACUCCGCAGCUCCCGAUUUGGGUGGGUGGGCGGGCGGCGGGAGAGAGAAAGGGGCCACCUGCUAGCAGACACCAUUUGGCAGCCCUUAACUGUUUGAAUAAGCCGCUUGCAUAUUCUGUGAAGGUUGCAAAUAAAAGAUGCAGAGUAUGAAUAUC